AUGUCCUUUUCAAGUCUAUCGCUACGAUGGCGCACUUCGAAAUGGAAGAAUCAAGAUAGGUAUCCAACGUUGACGCCUUUUGAUCAUGUUGAUCCUGGAUUACAUUCGUUGUCGCACCCGAAUCCUCGGUCUUUUCUCAACGGUGCCACGUCCAUUACAGAAAUAACUCCGCACCUUGGCACUGAAGUUGUGGUAAUCAACAUAACGGAGGCAAAUGCUGACGGGUGGGACCAGCUGGCUUUCGAGAUUUGUACGUCGCUUGCAGAGAAUUGUUCGUUUUCAGGGAUCGGGAAGGCUUCAUUGACCGAGACCCAUAGUUUUGUAGAGAGUGCGGGAGCCUGGACUUUGGAAGGUGAGCGUGUCGAACCCAGUCGGCAACCAUUGGCUUACGCCUACUUACAGGCUCCACAUCCAUCUUACAUCUGCCCAUCCCUAAAACUACCCAGAGAUCCGUUUGGUAUUCAUUGGCAUUCCGACGUCUCACACGAACUUCCAUGGCCACCUCCUGGCCUCACCACGGUCUUCCUUCUUUCCCAGCCUCAAACUGGUGGUGAUACGUUGUUUACUUCCCAGGUAUUCCCCUUGAAGGAACUGUCUCCUCAAUUUAUGGCCUUCUUGCGAACACUGAAAGCUGUUCAUUCUGGCGUCGAGCAAGCUAAUUUCUCCCACCCUGGACAUCGUGGGGUAGGUGUAUAG